AUGGUGCUGAAGGAGGAAAAGGAGAAACAGAGUGAGCUUGAGGAAGAGGAAGGGAACCAAAAUGAGCUGGAAGAGGAAGAGGAGGAUGGAGGAGGAGGAGGAGAAGGAGAAACAGGGGAGCUGGAGCUGGAGGAGGAGGACCCAGAGGAGAAGGAGAAUAAGGGUGAGCUGGAGCUAGAGGAGGAUGACCCAGAGGAGGAGGAGGAGAAGGAGAAGCAGGGUGAGCUGGAGCUGGAGGAGGAGGACCCAGAGGAGAAGGAGAAAGGAGGAGAAGGAGAAACAGGGGAGCUAGAGCUGGAGGAGGAGGACCCAGAGGAGAAGGAGAAGGGGACGCAUGGUGAGCUGGAGCUGGAGGAAGAUGACCCAGAGGAGGAGGACGAGAGGGAGAAGCAGGGUGAGCUGGAGCUGGAGGAGGAUAGUAUAGAGAAGGAGGAGGAGAAUGAGAAGAAGGAGGAGAAGGAGGAGGAGGAGAAGCAGGGUGAGCUGGAGCCGGAGGAGGAGGAUCCAGAGGAGAAGGAGAAGCAGGGUGAGCUGGAGCUGGGGGAUGAUGACAACACAGAGGAGCAGGAGGAGGAGAAAGAGAAAGGAGGAGGAGCUGAGGAGAAGCAGGGUAAGCUGGAGCUUACGGAGGAGGACCCAGAUGAGGAGGAGAAGGAGAAGCAGGGUGAGCUAGAGCUGGAGGAGGAGGAGGAGGAGAAGGAGAAGGAGAAGCAGGGUGAGCUCGAGCUGGAGGAGGACCCAAAGGAGGAGGAGGAGAAGAAGCAGGGAGGAGGAGGAGAAGGAGAAACAGGGGAGCUGGAGCUGGAGCUGGAGGAGGAGGACCCAGAGGAGAAGGAGAAUAAGGGUGAGCUGGAGCUAGAGGAGGAUGACCCAGAGGAGGAGGGGAGGAGAAGGAGAAACAGGGUAAGCUCAAGCUGGAGGAGGAGGAAAAGGAGAAGGAGAAGGAGAAGCAGGGUGAGCUGGAGCUGGAGGAGGAGGAGAACCAUAGAGAAGGAGAAGGAGAAGCAGAGUGAGCUGGAAGAGAAGGAGUAG